CCUAUUCUAUUCGACUAUUACAGAUUUUAAAUGUAACAAUUUUACAGUUGAAUAAUGUAGAAGUCAACACAUAUGCAUGAAAGCCCCGAUUGUUUGGAUAAGCGAUAAUAAUUAAGGUGUUCUUUUUAAAAAAUAGCCCUUGUUUACUUGAUUAAGGAAUAUAUACUGUAGCUUAAGGUGCAACAAUAACUAGUUGGUGCAAAAAUCAUAAUAACAUUAUUAAAUUUGGGUGUAGUAGAAAAGAUAUAAUGGAGACCGACCUUAGAAUUGGUAUAUCAGAUAUGACGGAAAUGUCUGAAAUAGAUGAACGUGGAAUAAACGAAAAUCUCCAUGUUCGAUAUUGCAGCGACGUAAUUUACACUUACACUGGUUCAAUACUUAUUGCAGUAAAUCCUUAUAAAUGUAUAAAUAUUUUUAACAAGGAAUAUGUAAAAAAAUACCAUGGAUCCAAUUUCGGGGUUUUAAAGCCGCAUGUUUUUGCGUUAGCUGAAGAAGCCUAUAAAAGCAUUGUUGAUGAUCAUAUAAAUCAGUCAUGUGUAAUAUCUGGUGAGUCAGGAGCUGGAAAGACGGAAACAACAAAAUUAAUAUUACAAUAUUUAUGUACCAUAACAUCAAACGUGUCCUCCUGGGUUCAACAACAAAUUUUGGAAGCCAAUACAAUUUUGGAAGCGUUUGACAUUCAAAUGAUAUUCCUUAUUGCAAUGAAUUGAAUGCCGUCAUCCGUAACAGCGCACUUUAAUGCAGCCACAUUCGCAAUAUCACCAUUU